AUGCCUAGGAGAUGACACUGCUGUCUCGCCCACUUUAAUGAUGUCACUGCCGGGUCCUGCUCUCUGCUGCCCCCAGCGGCCGUCUCUAUAAUGCAGCCGCUCGCUUACCUCGCUCUCUAUUACAUGACUGCCGAGCCGGCCAGAUGAUCUGAUCUCCCAGCCGCCAUGGGCUGCGAAGAUCGAGAGGGUAAUGAAGACGAACCGGCAGAGCUGGAGAGACUGGGUGGGAUCCCCCCUCCAGAUAAGAAUGGCUUCCUGCAGAUCAUCCCCUGGAGCAGUGACGGCAGCCAGCCAGGGGUCUGUGCAGUAGAGAGUGACAAUGAAGAUCCAGGUGACAGCAACCCUUUCACCCCUGACUGCCCCCCAACUCAGGACCAUCACAGUGAUACGAAGAUCUGCUGUCCCCACCUGUCCUGUGUCCACCUAAUAGUGACAGAUGAAAAGACUGGGAAAAGGAAAUGCAUUUGUCCAGGGCUCGGCCUCGGCUACACCAUCUUGUCCGCCAUCUUCUUCUCAUCGAGCUCCUUGUUGGUGAAGAAGAUUGAAAAUUUGCACUCGGUGGAAAUCAGCGCCAUUCGCUGUAUUUUCCAGAUGCUAUUUGUGCUUCCAGGUUUAAUUUAUUACAAGGUUGGUUUCCUGGGACCCAAGGAUCAAAGGAUUUUCCUUUUCCUGCGAGGAUUUCUUGGCUCCAGCGCCAUGAUACUGCUGUACUAUGCUGUCCAGUCCAUGCCGCUGGCAGACGCCACAGUGAUCACAUUUAGCAGCCCGGCCUUCACCUGCAUAUUUGCGUGCAUAUUCCUGAAGGAGAAGUGCACAGUCUGGGAUAUACUGUUUAUGCUUUUCACUUUAACAGGAGUGGUUCUGAUAGCCCGUCCACCAUUUUUGUUUGGGUCAGACCUUGUUGUCCUUGAGGAGGAUUACUCAGACCGAUUGAAGGGAACCAUCGCUGCGGUGGGAUGUGCGAUAGGUGCCUCAAUAACUAUGGUGGUGCUGAGAAAGAUGGGGAAGUCCGUGCAUUACUUGCUUUCCAUCUGGUACUACGCUAUUAUCGGUCUCAUUGAGUGCGUCAUCGUACUGUUUGUCCUUGGUGAAUGGAGAUUGCCCUUCUGUGGACUAGACAGGUGGCUCCUGAUAUUGAUAGGUGUUCUAGGCUUGGGGGGGCAGAUCUUUCUUGUGAAAGCAUUGCAGAUCGAGAAGGCCGGGCCAGUAUCUAUUAUGAGGACGAUGGAUGUGGUCUUUGCUUUUAUAUUCCAGGCCUUGUUCCUUCACCACACUCCCACCUGGCUGACUAUUGCUGGAGCUCUGUGCAUCAUUGCCAGUACAGCUGGUACCGCUCUCCUCAAGUGGUACACAAGCACAAGAAAGGCAAAUCAAAGCGAGCUGUAGCUCAUGGCUGUACCGAUAAUACUACACGGCUGAAUCAUAAGGGUAUUGUACCUGGCCGCAAGAGGUUGCGAAAAAUCUUCAUUACAAGACUCCAGAUCUCACGGAUCCAAUGUUCUGUGGUUAUUUAUGGGCAAUAAUUAAGAGUCCUAUUUUUUUUUUUUUUCGAAUUGCGUAGAAUCGCUCAACUGUUGUAUUGCACAAUUAGGCAAUUGCUAUUGACUUUCAUCUAAAUUGUAUUUAUUUAUUAUAGUAUAGUUUUUCUAGCAGCUGGUGGAAUGGUUGGAUGUUAAAUCCAACUGUCGCCGGUCAGGAUAAUAAACCUAGAAUGUUUAAAUUCUCAAUUACACUUAUACCUUGGGGGAGAUUUCCAAAGCUUGGAGAGAUAUAAAGUGGAGAGAUAAAGUUCCAAACAGUCAGCUCCUAACUGCCAUUUUGCAUGCAGUGCUUGAAAAAUUUACUGGUAAAAGCUGAUUGGUUGGUACUUUAUCAUACCUCCCAACUGUCCCUAUUUCUUUGGGACAGUCGUACACUAUCCCACUGCCCCCCCCCCCCCCUCCCUUCAUGGGCCGCAGUGUCCCACGGGAGAAGGGAGGUUGGCGGUACAGACUGACACCACUGCUCUCUAUGCAGCGCUGUGGUGAAUGGAUAACACACACACACACACACACACACACACACUGUGCCAGCUCUGGGAGAGGCUGGAGGCUGUGCAGCAGCUCUCUGAGCACUGGGGAAACACCCAGCAUGACUAAAAUGGAGGCGUGGCUUAUGGGUAUGGGUAUUAUGGGUUUCCUGCGAGACCAUGCCCCCUUGUUGCUCAGCCACACACCCUAAUUUCGGUUGCGCACCUUUGGUGCACGUACUUGUCCCAACCUCCUGCUCACGAAAGUUGGGAGGUAGGCUUUAUCGCUUUCCAAGGUUUGAUACAACUCUCCCUAACACUGCAUUGCCAGUGGGAUACACAAUCGUGGACUGUGUUUGUGAAAACUGGCGCAGAUAUAAAUAAAAAGGUAAAUGGUGCUAUAAUCCAUAGUAACCAUACAGAUUAUAACACUAGGACAUUCUAGAAAAUGAAAGCAAGCGUCUUAUUGGUUACAGCUUGUGUUUCGCAUGUUUUACAGUAAACCAGCUACCUUUUUUAAAAGCUAGUUUACCCCAUUGUUUUUACUCUUUAGCUCUAUAAUUCUGAGAAAUUUGUUAGAUAGAAUAGUGAAGAUUCAGAAGUAUAGAAAAUGAGUUAUUUGUUUUGUUAUCACUAUUUUGCUUAAUUCUCCUGAAUUCAUUCAUUUUUAUUUAUUUUAGAAGGAGAGUAGCGGCAAAUAAUGGAACCGUGAUAUUUUAGUCAAUUUGAAAGAUAGUGUAUUACAGAAUGUUUUUAUAUAUGAAGACUAGGAUGAGCAAUGGUUGACAUUUUAGCUAUUGUAGCUGUGUUACAUUCGGAUAUGCAGGGUCACUGUGAGCUGAAAGACAGUGUACUGUAGUUUAUGUAGCAAACACACAGGUUACCAUGAAUACACAAUAAUCUCUAAUACUUGUCUAUAUCACUAUCUGUUUUCCAUUACUUUCAUCUUUCAUUUUAUAACACUUGCCGCUGGCACCAGGGAACCUUUCCGAGAACUUCACUGUCAAAAAUCAACAUACACUGUAUUCAUAUCUACACCAGGAAGGUUUAAUAAAUAAAGUAACAAGACCUCUUGUUGCAAAAUAUAUUCAACUCGUACAUUUACUCGUGCGUAUAAUAUGGCCGUUGCCUAGAUUAUUUUUCCACAUAGUCCUCAUACACGUCUAAGCAUUUGUUCUAAUGGUAUACCAAGGCAUCUAUCCCAUCAUAGGAGAAAUCAUUGUCACGUGCCUGAAGCCAGGACAUAAUGGCUGGCUGAACUUCACCAUUCGUUGCGAAUCUCCUUUCUCUUAGGGGCGUCUUCAAUCAAUUUAUUAUCUGUGGGAACCUGUGGAAACCUGUUUCCGUGCAUGACGAAUUCAGUGCACACCUUGACUGGUUGGCGAUGAAUUUCAGCUGCUGAUGUGCCCUUAAGACACAGAAAUCUGAUCACACUAAGCACAUCAAUGUGUAACCAUGUGUCCGCCAGCCCGGACAUCUUAACCCUGAUGCUAGGAGAGUGUGACUGAUAUGAGGUGUGGUCUAAUGGCCGUGAGGGGAAGCAGUGGUGUACCUGCUCUGGCGGUAAAUUAGAAUGAUAUAGAGACCAUUACACACACGCGAGAGGUCUUGUUUCCUUACUUGUUGAAUCACCCUAGUGUGUGUGUGUGUGUGUGUGUGUGUAUUUAUAUAUAAUUUUAUUUUUGUGUUUCAUUUCAUGUAACAUGUUUGUACUUCAGAUAGCACCUUUUGGGAACUUUCUGUGACUAUGGUCACACACCAAAUACUGUAGGCUGCAUAUAUUAAUAUCUAAAAACUAAAAGAACCUUUACACUAAUUAGUUAGGAACUUUAGUACAUUUAACUAUCAUGAAAAAAAAAAUGUCCACGGAAGUGUAUUAUAUGAAUAUAGUGAACCUGUCCCCCCACACCUUGGAGAAUUAUGGUGUGCUUUACACUUAGAUUCAUACGUAGUGAAGUAUAUUAUUUAUUUUGCAGCUGCUGGUCAUUUAUACAAUUUCACUGGUCACGUGUUCUGGUGAGAUACUAAAUUUAAAUCGGCAAUUAUUUUAGAGGCAAAACUAAGCGGGUUUUGCCUUUAAAAUAACUGGCACUUUAAAUCUAAUACUAUUUUUUUCUUUUAGCCUCUUCUUUGACACUAUAGUUUGAAACAGCUGUUAAAUGAUAGAGGUAGUCAUUCAGACCCGGUCGCUGAUGCGGCCCGCAACACAGUUUGCCGAUGGAGGCAAACUGUGCAUGCACAGUGGCCGCAUCCCCAUACAUCCACGAUGGAUUCAAAU